CCGGGAGUCACGGGCUCCGCCGAACGCCGGUGUCGCGGAUACAGCCAGCGUGGGCCGCGCCUCCUCGCUAUGGGCCCUCUCUCAGCGCGGCUGCUGAUGGAGCGGGGACGACCCAAGAGUGACCGGCUGGGGAGAAUCCGGAGCCUGGACCUGUCAGGACUGAAGCUGCUCUCAGAGCACUUGGAUCCCAAGCUCCUGAGCCGUCUGACGCAGCUGCAGGAGCUGGACCUCUCCAACAACCAGCUGGAGAUGCUGCCUGCCAACCUGGGCCUGUCCCACCUGCGCAUCCUCCGCUGCGCCAACAACCAGCUGGGGGACGUCACUGCCUUGUGCCAGUUCCCCGAACUUGAGGAGCUCAGCCUGGAGGGCAACCCCUUCCUGACAGUCAGCGACAACCUGAAAGUCUCCUUUCUCCUGCCCAAGCUGCGUAAGGUCAAUGGCAAAGAUGCUUCCUCCACUUCCUCUCAAGUGGAGAACCUGAACCGGGAGCUGACCAGCAGAGUCACAGCUCAUUGGGAGAAGUUCAUGGCCUCACUGAGCCCUGAGGAGGCUGAGAAAGCCCGGGCGGACUUCGUGACGUCUGCUGUCAGGGAUGUCCGCUACGGGCCCGAGUCCCUCAGCGAGUUCACCCAGUGGCGGGUGCGGAUGAUCUCUGAGGAACUGGUGGCCUCUGGUAGGACCCAGGUGCAUGAGGCAGACAUCCCAGAGAAGUCCCCAAAAGCCACAGCUGUCCAGGAGCCCAGGGCCAGGCUAGUGGCCUCGAAACGGCCAGAUGAUGUCCCUCUCAACCUCUCUCCCAACAAGCGGGUGCGCACCUCCCCAUUGGCCCAGGUGGAGGGCCACAGCAUGGGCUGUGAUGGCAGCCAGCCUGCCCUGAAGCUGGAGCCCCUAUACUUCCUGCAGUGCCACAGCAAGAACAACAGCCCUCAGGACCUGAAAACCCAGCUCUGGGCCUGCGCCUUCGAGCCGGCCUGGGAGGAGGGGCAUACAGAGGCCACAUCCCAGUCUGUGGCCACGUGUGGCGGAGAGGCUGUGUGUGUGAUAGACUGCCAGACAGGCAUCGUACUGCACAAGUACAAGGCACCUGGCGAGGAGUUCUUCUCGGUGGCCUGGACAGCCUUGAUGGUGGUCACACAGGCAGGCCACAAGAAGCGCUGGAGCGUGCUGGCAGCUGCAGGUCUUCGGGGCCAGGUCCGGCUGCUGCACGUGCGUGCUGGCUUCUGCUGUGGGAUCAUCCGGGCCCACAAGAAGGCCAUUGCCACCCUCUGCUUCAGCCCCACCCAUGAGACCUACCUCUUCACGGCUUCCUAUGACAAGCGGAUCAUCCUCUGGGACAUCGGGGUUCCCAAAGAAGAUUACACAUUCCAGGCCAGCCAGCUGCUCACACUCGAUACCACCUCCACCCCCCUGCGCCUCAGUCCUGUUGCCUCCUGCCCAGAUGCCUACCUGCUGGCUGGUUGUGAGGGUGGCUGCUGCUGCUGGGACGUGCGGCUGGACCAGCCUCAAAAGAGAAGGGUGUGUGAAGUGGAGUUUGUCUUCUCUGAGGGCUCCGAGGCACGUGGCCAGAGAGUGGAUGGGCUGGCGUUUGUGAAUGAGGAUGUCGUGGCCUCCAAGGGGAAUGACCUGGGCACCAUCUGUCUAUGGAGCUGGAGCCAGACGUGGGUGAGCCGGGGCAGCCAGUCCACAGUGGCAGUGGUGGUCCUGGCUCGGCUGCAGUGGUCACCCACUGAACUGGCCUACUUCUCACUCAGCACCUGUCCUGAUGAGGGCAUUGUGCUCUGUGGGGAUGAGGAGGGCAAUGUCUGGAUCUACGAUGUCAGGCAUAUCCUGGCACAGCAGCCUCCACUGCCGGCAACCCCGCAGGCCCCCACGCAGAUCCUUACAUGGCCCCAGCCCCGGGCCCUCAGCCAGACGGUGACCAAGACCAUGGUGAACACAGUGGUGGCCAACCCCACCUUUACCUACCUCACCGCCCUGACAGACUCCAACAUCGUAGCCAUCUGGAAGAGACACUAGUCUCCAACAGGAGCUCCUGCCUUUGUUGCAAAGCACCAGGGAUACAACUUAACUUAUUCAAUUUUUGGGCUAAUG